AUGCCGACUGCUAUGGUUUACCAUGCCAAAGCGCAAUCCACCUUCAAGCCUCCAUUGAUUGCGAACGAGAAUGCUUUCCUGGGUGACGUUGACUCUAGCGACUCAUACAACCCCGAAAAGCCCAUCUCCGCCGGCUUCUACCGUCUCGAGAAGGGCACUCCCCUCGUCUACGAGUACACAUACGACGAGAUGAAGAUCAUUGUCGAGGGCGAAUUCGAGAUCUCCGAUGAGACCGGCCAGAAGGUGACGGCAGUGCCGGGCGAUGUCUUCCACUUCCCGAAGGGCUCCAAGAUUACCUUCACGACGCCGUCGUACGGGCUAGCGUUUUACACGGGCCAGCGGGCUAAGGGAGCGGCUUAG